AAAUAUAUGGCCAUGGUCUUAAGCAGCAUAAACAUGCUUAGAAGUGCAUUAAGCAGGAGAAGUUCCUUAAUAGGGGCAAAAUAGAAACCAGUUCUACAGUCAAUCUGUUAAGAGUUUCCUCAUUCCAGUCUUUUCUAGUUAAUUAGCUCAUUAAGCUUGUUUGCUUAUUUUCUUGGGAGAACAACCUAAGCGAAGAAGUCAUGGAGGAGAAGCAUGACAUGGAUGAGGAAGAAGAGAUAAUGCUGCCUGGUUUUCGUUUUCAUCCAACAGAUGAAGAGUUGGUGGAGUUUUACCUGAGGAGAAAGAUACAGCAGAAGCCAAUUUCUAUUGAGUUAAUCAGGCAACUGAAUAUAUACAAAUAUGAUCCAUGGGACCUUCCAAAGCUUGCAGCAACUGGGGAGAAUCAAUGGUACUUCUACUGCCCAAGAGAUCGUAAAUAUAGAAACAGUAGCAGGCCAAAUAGAGUCACCAGGGCCGGAUUCUGGAAAGCUACUGGUACAGACAGACCCAUCUACUCUUCUGAAGGUAUAAAAUGUAUUGGUUUGAAGAAAUCUCUUGUCUUCUACAAGGGAAGGGCUGCAAAAGGAACUAAAACUGAUUGGAUGAUGCAUGAGUUCAGACUUCCUUCUCCAAAUGUCCCAAGACCUUUUGAUAAGAACAUUCUAACCAAUGACUCGUGGGCCAUCUGCAGGAUAUUCAAGAAGAAUAUUAACGUAGUAGCCAAUAGAGCAGCCUCACAGUCCUGGGCGUCUCCAUUAACAGACUCUGCAGAUUCAGAAUUCUCUCUUGUGAAUGCAAUGAACAGUUCACAUUGUAAUGAAUCUCAUUCUCCUUUAGAUGUUUAUGGCUUCAGGUCCUUCAAUUUGAUCAACAACAAAGCUGAAAUGCCCACAAGUUCUGUGUUUUCAUCACUGGGAACAUUAAUACCAUCUUGUUGUAGUAUAGACUUUGGACAACAAGAGCCUUAUAAUGGUUAUGCAGACAAUUAUCCAUUAGAGAUGAGAGGCAACUUGGGAACAGAAGAAGAAGAUAUGAUGGUGAAGAAAUCUCUGAAUAAUAUCCUGCUUGGUAAUAAUCAGUGGGGUAAUGUGAGGAACACGGGGUUUCCCUUUAAUCUUCCACUUAAUAUUUCAGAUGAGUAGAAGCUGAAUUUACCAUGGGGAUUAACUUUACUUUUGAGUAUUUUUGAGGGAGGUGGCUUGGGGUUUGGAAUCCCCAAGAAUUUGUUCAAAGUUUUUCAUUGAAAACUUUAGUGGCUUUUGAGAUUUAAUAAGAGUUUAUGAGCUAAUUUCAUGAAUGCUAAGCAUUGUGAUUAAGUCCAA